AUGACGACCAUUCACAUCUUACGCCAUGGACAAGGCCUUCAUAAUGUGGAGAGAGGAUAUCCAUUCCGGGAUCCUCCCCUUACAGACCUAGGUGUCCGGCAAGCAAGGCAUGUGCAGCACACAAUCAAAGUACAGCCUGAUCUCAUCAUUGUAUCUCCAAUGACUAGGACCAUACAGACAAUGUACAUCGUCUUCGGGGAUCUAAUUCGCAAUGGCGAGACUGCGGUACAAGUCUGGCCGGACCUGCGUGAGUCUCACGACGCUAUCUGCAAUAAAGGCAUCUCGCGGCCUGAUCUGGCUGCUAAAUUCCCUGACCUUGAUUUCUCGGAUUGUCCCAAAGAGUGGAACUUCCCUGCACACACCCCAGAUGAUGCGACGGUACGAGCCGAGAGAGUUCGACGCCGAUUGAAAGAGACUGCUACGCCUGGGGGCUACAAGGAUAUCCUGUUGGUAGCCCACCGUGGCAUUGCCGCAUUUAUGGUGCAGGGCGACAGGUUUAAAGUCUGUGAACACCGGUCUUAUCGAUUUGCAGCUGAUGACGAGGUUGAGGAGGCGAGACAUGGCGUUAAUAUUGACACUGGGCUUAAGCAAGAUUUUGGACCAUCGCUUUUGAUGCAAGUUGGAGAGUCUGGGUAG